AUGGCGGCCUCCCGGGCAAUGAUAAACAAUGUCGCAUGUCUGUUCCGUUGCCCUCUUGUGAGUCGAAAUAUUACUGAAGCACAGAAGAAUGUUUUCCCUUCGAAUUCUCUUUCUAGAAGAUACUUUCAAAAUCCAAGAGAGCUAAAGAAAUUUUACAAGAAAGCAACUAUAGCAACAUCUGAUGGCUGGUAUGAAAUCAACCUGGACAAGAGAAAACUUCGAACCCCGCAUGGAAACAUCUUCAAGGUCCCCAGUGAGCCGCUAGCACUAGCAGUGGCCACAGAAUGGAACACACAGGACAAAAUUGUGAACAGACAGGCCAUGCACUUGACAUCUCUGAGUAACACAGCUCUGGAAAACCCACUUCACAAAACCAGAAAGGAAAUGACUGAGGCAAUCAUCCAUUUUUUGGAGACAGACACAAUUUGCUACAGACUCACAGAUCCACCGGAGCUAGCGAAGCUAGAGCAUGACUUAUGGGAUCCUAUCUUAGAGUGGGCAGCUCAGAGAUAUGGUAUAGAAAUCACACCUACGUACAGCAUAGACCCUCCGAAAGUCAGUGAAGAAUCUAAGGAUAUCAUCCGACGACAUUUGCUGUCAUACAGUGAUUGGGCCCUUUUUGGCUAUCACUAUGCUGUGGAUACCAUCAAGUCCUUACUGAUCAUCAUGGCAUUAGUAGACAAACACAUCACAGUGGAGACGGCUGUGGAUCUGGCAAGACUUGAGCAAGUAUUUCAGACAAACCACUGGGGUAGCGUGGAGUGGUACCAUGGUAUUGAAACAUAUGAGCUGCGUUGCCGGUUGUCUGCAGCUGCUUUGUUCAUUCACUGGUGUAGUGAAAGCUCAACAGUCAAACAGAAAGCAUCUUUGAGGCCAGUCUAA